GCUUAGAUAAUCAAAGAAGAUAAAGAAAUACAAACCUAAAAACAGUGAGAUGAGGAGAAGUGUAGUAGAAGCAUUUGCAGUUAGUACAAAAAGGAAGCACGUGACAAAGACAAAGAUGACAGGCAUUAGAAGUCGGCUUGUCAAGUCGCUGUUCUUUUUCUUUCAAUUUUUUUUUUUUUUUUUGAUUUUUUCUUCCCCCUCUCUCUGCUUCAAUAUAUUUUUAACGUUAAAUCACAUCACUUCUGAUUUCAGACCAACUCUUCUCCUACUAUUCUCUUCCCGGGGUCCUCCUCUCCUGCUCCUCCAUUACUGCUCUUUCAACUCUCUUCUGCACAACCCACCUUCCCAUUUUUCCUGUCCUAACAGAUUCUCGUCCCCCGGUGUUGACUUUUUUAGGUAAAUAAUGUAAUGGGAUUAUGGGAAUUUUGGGAGCUUUCUUUCCCCUGUUUUGUUUUUGUUAGUUGUUGCAUUAAAGUUCUCUCCUUUUGCUGCUUGGUUAGGCUUUUCUAGACACCCUCCCAUGUGCUGCAUUUUGCAUAUUUAUAUCAUGGAGUUAAUAAGAACAUAACAUCGUUGUAGAAAAGAAGAAUCUGUGCUCUUGUCCUCUGUUUUUAUUAUAGCUUUCAAAAGUGUGUCCUUUUUUUAUAAUAUUACAUCAUACUUAUUUAUUGAAGGCGUUUAUUAGUAUUUGUUUUUAAUAAUCUCGAUAUCCAUUUUGUACCAGAUCCUACACUCCAAACACCAGGGAAGAAACAAUGGCUAAAGAUGAGGACUUCAAGCUCCUCAAGAUCCAGACUUGUGUUUUACGAGUGAACAUUGACUGUGAUGGAUGCAAGCAGAAGGUCAAAAAACUUCUACAGAGAAUUGAAGGAGUCUACCAAGUUAACAUUGAUGCAGAACAACAGAAAAUUACUGUAUCAGGAUGCGUAGAUUCAGCAACUCUGGUAAAGAAAUUGGUUAGAGCUGGUAAACAUGCUGAAGUCUGGUCGCCAAAGCCUAACAAUAAUAAUAACCAAAACCAAAAACAACCGGCUAACUGUUUGAAGAACAACCAGAGUAAUAAUAACAACAAGGGUCAAAAGCAACAAAUGGUCAAAGGUCUUGAGGCUCUCAAUAACCAGCAGAAGUUUUUCAUCAACUUAGAGGAGGAUGAGGAUUGUCUGAUUGAUGAUGAUGGGGAAGGGUACGAUGAAGAGGAGUUAAGGUUUCUAAGGGAGAAAACCCAUCAGCUUAAUCUGCUCAGACAACAGCAAUUAGCUGCUAUUCAAGCCAACAAUGCAGCCAAGAAUGUUAAAUUGAACAACAAUGGUGGAAAUGGAAGCGGUGGCAAGAAAGGAAAUCAGCAAUCUCCUAACCAGAACAUGGGAACGAAAAUCAAUUCAGGGAUUGAUCAGAAAACAAUGCAAGCCUUGAAGAUGAACAAUGCUCAAUUUGCUGCUGCUGGAAAUGUCAAUCCAGGGGAGGGAAAGAAGGGAAAUCAUGACAUCAAUACAAUGAUGAAUCUUGCUGGUUUUCAUGGAAAUGGAGCUAACAAUUUUACUCAUGUCUUCGGAGGCAAUUCUGGAGGUGGUAAUGGUGGUGGUUCUGCUGGAGUGCUCUAUCAUCAACAAUUCCAGCCUAAUAAUGGAUUCACGGGAUCGUCUUCCUCUGCCGGAUUCCCAAAUUCUGGUAUGGCUGCUGGCCAUCAUCCGGCAGCAGCAACGACGAUGAAUAUAAAUGGAAAUCAUCAUCAUCAUCCAUCAGUGCUGAUGAACCUGCAAAACAGGCAUGCUAUGCAACAAGCUCAGAUGAUGUACAACAGAUCGCCUUUCGUUCCCUCAAGCACUGGUUAUUACUACAACUAUGGACCUUCUGUUCAUCAUCCUUAUGCUUCCUACAUGAGUACUGACAGCCACCCGGGUUACUAUAAUCACCCCAACGGUGAUCAUCAUCACUCUGCUGCUACUGAUAUCUUCAGUGAUGAGAACACCAGCAGCUGCUCAAUCAUGUAACUCUCCUUAACAACAAUGUGGACAAUUAUAAGGUGGUGGUUUUGCUUCGUUUUGAACUUUUGGAAGAAGGCUAAUCUACUGUAGUUUUUAGCAAAUGCAGGAUUGGAUUGUACAAAAAUAUCCAUCUUACGCUUAUUAGUAAUGUGUGUUUUAAGUCUUUACUUUUAUCAUCUGUCCUCUUAGUCGCAGCCAAGUUAAGCUUAGUAACGACAUUUUGUCCAAAGAACUGGAUUGAUGUUCUUCAGAAUGUGGACUGUGGAGUUCACAAUUUAUUGUAAUUAUAUUAAGUACGUAACUACUACAAUGAGUGUGAUACUAUUGUAGUUGUCAUUGUUCUGAUUUGCUUUUAAACUUCGCUACGGUUUUCUUUCGUUUGAUGUCGGUGAAGGAUGUUAGUAGUUCUUUAGCAUCCAACAUUGAUUAUAAAAUCUGAUGUAGCAAAAAUGCCUAUUUAGAG